CUUCACACCAAGAAAAUUUGCUUUUGUUUUGACGUAGCCAUGCAGUUUCUCAAAAAAUUACCAGUGAAUUUAUUAAAACGUGCGAAUUUUCGACACCAAACCACUAUUGAGGUCCAAGGACAUGAUUACUUAAAAGACGAUCUUCCACCCAAGUUUGUUAAAGUUUUGCCUCCUUCCAAAUAUGGUGGCGAAUAUUUGGUAACGCUGUUAACCGGUUCCUCAAACAUUGGCAAGCAAGGCGCCAAUUUCAUCAAACAUCUAUUUGAAGUAGCAAAAGUUCCGGUGGCAUUCGAAAGAAUUCAACUCGGACCAGACGAAACCGCCUGUCCCAUGGAGUAUUUGCAAUCAGUGCAACGCAAUCGUCACGCCAUUCAUGUCGAUCUACAACACGAUCCGGACGAGAAGCGAAAACAGCUAUUGCUAAACAAUGACCUGGAUCUGUAUAUGGGCAUUAUAAAUGUGAACUCAAUUGAGGGUUAUAAAUGCAGAUACCCUGAUGUGGACAUAACGGUUUUAAUGAAAAACAAUGCUGGUAAUUUCUCAAAAUUGGAAUACGCCCCGGUGCCGGGUAUAGUGGAGACAUUGAGGAUAAUGGAUAGAAAAUACAUUGAACGCUAUUUUAAUUUCGUAUUCCACUAUGCGAUGGAAAAUAAUCAUAAAAAGAUCACAUUCGGUCAUCAAGAGUUGGAGUUUCCUCUCUCGGAUGGCCUAUAUAAUAAGAUUGGUUGUGGUAUGUAUGAGGACUUAAAGCCAGAUUUGGAAUUCGAGCUAAUGCCGAUCCAUGAGUUGGUGCGGAAAAUUGUGUUGGCGCCAAACCAAUUCGAUGUAAUCUGUACGACCGAUCGUUAUGGAACAAUAGUCGCAUCCAUCGCCAGUGCCGUUUGUGGCGGCGCCAGUUUGUUUAGUUCGACUGAGCGUGGUGAUCAUCAUGCUGUCUUUAAGCCGCUUCAGACACGCCUCUCAGUAACUGAUUCCGGAACACUUAGUCCGUAUGGCAUUGUGCGGGCUUGUAUUGAUUUGCUACACUAUUUGGGGGAAACCGACUGUGCGAGAGUAUUGUAUGAGGAGCUGAUGACCACUAUGAUUUGUCGCAACAUAAAGACAAGAGAGUUCGGCGGCAGCGAUUCGGGUGAAUUUGUUAUUUGUGAUAUUGUCAACAGAUUGAAAUGUAAAACCUAUUGACUAAAUGUAACAUUGAAAUUUCGGGAUUACUGAAAUUCGAAAUUCCUUUAAGUCGAAAAUAAAUUUUGAGGCCAUUUA